AUGCUGGAGAACAUGUCCAGACGUAACCGCUCCCUGCUGUCCCUUUCCCUCACCUCAUUGGCCCUCACCCUGUCCGUCUUGGCGUUCUGCACCUCCUAUUGGUGCGAGGGAACGCACAAGGUGGUGAAGCCCCUCUGCCUGUCCCCUGUCAAGUUGAAAAACUGCGGGACGAACAACAGCCAGCCGUAUACCACAGAGAACCCCACCCCCGACCCGAGGAUACCCCCCACCAAUGUGACGCUGUCUCCGCUGCAGAAGGAGGAGCUGGCCAGGUUAAGGAAGAAGCAGUUGGCCAACGCCGUGCACUACAUCUGGGAGACGGGCGAGGACAAGUACAUGCUGCGAUACUUCCACACCGGCUUCUGGCUCUCCUGUGAGAAGCACAAUGAAGGUGAGGAUCAGGAGGAAAAGUGUCGCAGCUUCAUUGAGCUGACACCAGGAGAGACACAAGGUGUCCUCUGGCUCUCAGUCAUCAGUGAGUUCACGUAUAUCGGUCUUCUGGCCAUGGGCUUCCUGCUCAUGUGUGUGGAAGUGAUUUGCCUCUGUGCCAAGAGGGAGAUGAACGCCCUCAAGAUCAACGCCUACGCUGCCAUGUGCACUGUCCUCUCAGGUCUGAUGGGGAUGGUAGCACACAUGAUGUACACUACGGUGUUUCAGAUGACUGUAAGCAUUGGUCCUAAAGACUGGAGGCCACAGACCUGGGACUACGGGUGGUCUUUUGCCAUGGCCUGGCUGUCCUUCAGCUGCUGCAUGGGGGCCGCGGUUGCCACGCUCAACUCUUACACCAAGACCCUCAUCGAAAUGAAGCAUCGCGCCCGCGUGAGGCUGGACGAGGCUCGUGCUGCUGCCUGCGCCCCCUCCUACGAGGAUGUGGUUCGAGCCGGCGGUGGAGGCCUUUUCUCCGUCAGUCAGCUGAUUCAGCUCGGCCAGCAUGGGGCGCUCAUGGACCCUCUGUGGCCCAGAGGAAAGGGACCGGCUGUCGGCCCUCUGGCGCUGGAGGACCCUCAUGGUGUGGUGGUGGUGGAGGGAUGCUGCGUUGAAGGAUGUGAAGACUGUGAACGGGAGAUGGACGAAAUGGAUUACUCUCAGCAGGAGGAAAGAGACGACUCGCUCUGCUAA